AUGAUUUUAAUAAUCUCACUCUUUAGAAUGUGCUUAUGUGAAAAUUAUUAUGUUUCAGAGUAGACAAAAUUAAUAUUGAGUGUUGAAUGGGAUGAUAUAAAACUUGGAUUAGGAGUUUUAUCUUAAUAUUGCCCUAUGGGAGUAAAUAAAUAUCAGUAUGAAUAAUCAAGUGAUCAUUAUUAUUACUUUUUAUAAAGUGCUUACUUUGGAGAGAGAAAUGAAUUUCUUUAUUUAAUCUAUAUGGAAAUUUAAACUGCUGAGAAAUAAUUUAUAUUUUAUGUUCAGUUUAAUUUAGAAGGUAAAUGGAUUGAAUGUACUUUUCCAUUUAAAGCAAGGGAGGUAGAAGGCAUCUUAAUUAAAACAAUCAUAUAUUAUUAAGACACAGAAUAAUUUAUUAUAGAAUAAUUAUGGGGACAUGAUUAACGAUUCCGUUUUACAUUUCCUUAUACAUAUUUACCAAAAAUUUAAGUAACUUUAAACUCAGGAGGAAUUUACUCAGUAAUAAAUAUAUCUUAUUUUAGGAUAUUAAUCCUAUUACAAAUAAAAAUAUUUUAUUAAAAUAAUUUCCAGGUUAAAUGAAAGUAGUACGCUUAUUUGAAAAAGAUUUGGAAAGACCUUGGAAUGAUUUAAUUGAGCCAGAGGGUUUAACUGCUUUGAUAUUAGAGAAAGAAAUUAUAAAUUUAGAAGAAAAAUAUUCAAACAUGUUUUAUACUAUUUCAACCAUUACUGGAAGAUAUUAUAAGGUUUCUUUCUGGGCUAAAACAGAAAAAUUAUAUGAUAACAGCUUUAAUUAGAUUAUACAUAUAAUUAGAGUAGUAGCUAAUCGUUAUACACAAGACUUUAAAGUAAUUGGAUCUAAUUCAUUUGUGUUGGAAUAUGUAUACAAUAGAUUAACUCAAUAAUGGAAAUUUAGGAUCAAUUUUUAUUCUUAUAUAAUUCCUAUUCUAAUACCUUAGAUGGCAAAUGAUAAUUUGUUAAAUAAUACUGAUGAAUUUAUAAUAGAAGAAUACUCAUACAUUAAUACUUGGCAUUUUAUAACAAUUUAAUAUUAGCCAAAUAAUAUUAAUUUUAAUUUUGAAAAUCCUAAAUUCAAUUAUUAAAUAAAUAAACUUUAUGAAGAUGUUUAUUAAUUUUCAUAAAUUUAUUAUCGAUUAUAUUUAGGAGGGUUAAUAUUGGAUGCAAACACAUUAACAAGAUCAUUUGCUUUAAUAUCCUUUUAUGAUUAUAAUUAAGAAUAUUUUAAGUGUCAUAUAUCAUGUCAAACUUGCUUUGGUCCCUAAUAUAAUAAUUGUUAAAGCUGUCCUCCUGAUUCAAAUCGAGUUUUCAAUCCUAAUGAAUCUACUUGUUAAUGUUAAUUAUGGUAUGUAGAAAUUUCUGAUUAAAUUUGUAAAUUAGUUACUAAUUAAGAAAUCAUAUUAACUUUAGAAGAUGAUUAUGAAACUGAAACAAUAAAUUGUCUCUUUGGAGAAUUUGAAUAUAAUGGAAACUGCUAUUAAUGGUAACAUAUAUUUAUAUAUAAAGUCCUUUAGCAGGUCAAGAUAAUUAAAUUAUAUGUUCAGCUUGUUUAAUGAGACCUACAGAUUGGAUUUAAAAUCCAAAAUGUUUAGAUAUAUAUUAUCAACAUUAAAAUAAUCCUAAUAAUCAAUAUGUGUAAUUAAUUAUUGAUGAAGAAUUAUCAAAUCUAUACUAUAUAUUUCAAAGUGCUGAACUUUAACCAUGUCACGGUUGCAAAAUAUGUCAAAAUAAAGAAGAUAAAACAUGUCAAUUAUCAUCUUAUACUCAUUUAGAUAUGGAAACAUACAUAAAGUGUUUAAAAGGUUAUUAUUUUAGCAAUGGAGAAUGCCUUAUAUAGAAAAAGAAUUUAGUUACAUAAAAAUUAUCAUGUAGAAAUAGUUGUAUAAAAUGUAGUAAUGGUUAUUGUUUAAUUUGUUCAGAUUAAAACAAUUUCUUUUUAAAUUAUAUGGGAUAAUGUUAACUAUGUUCAAUAACUCAUUGUAAAUAUUGUUUCUAAUAUAAUUUAUACAAUCUAAAUGAGAAUUCAAUUUUAAACAAUAGAUCUGAUAAUAAAUAAAUAUCUGAAGAUUUUGAAGUUGGUUGUGCAUUAUGUUAAACAGGAUAUAUAUAUUCAUUCUAAUCAAAUUAAUGUCAUCCUUCAUAUGAUGAUAAUGGGUGUAAACAUUACAUAAAUUAUAAUGAACAAAUUGAAUGCUAUUCAACCCAAUUCGAUAAAUUAAGUAGUAAAUUUCAAUAAAUUGAUAAUUGUUAAAAUAAUUUAUCGAAUUGCGAUUAAUGCAUAUAUUCAAACUUUGGUAUGCUUAUAUGCAUUUAAUGUUCUUAUGGUUUUUUUAUUAAUAAAGUAAAUGGAUAAUGCAAUAAAUGUUUAGAUCUUAUAGCUCAUCAUGUUUAACAUUGUUAAAUUGUAGAUAAAGCUAAUUCAUUUUAUAAAUUAUCUUUACUAGGCUUUCUCUAAUAUUCAACUUAAUAAUUAAAUGAUUUAAUUACUAUUUUUAAUGAUUUUAAUAGUAUUUAAAUUGUUGAAUGCUAAAAUAAUUUUAUGGUAGAUAAAAUUUAAAAUUAAUGUGUUGAUUCAUGCACAAAUUGUGAUCAUUGUGAUUUUAUAAAUGGACAAAAAUAAUGUCUGAAAUGUACUUUUUAAUUGGAUUAUAUCAGCAAUUAUUAUUCUCAAAAAUUAGGAAAAUGUUAUCGAUGUCCUUAACUAUGCAAAUUUUGCUUAUAAAUAGAUGAAGAUCUUAUUUAAGUAAUAUUUCAUAAUAUAUUAGAAAUAUAACCCUUAUUUUACAAUCACUGAAUAAAAUAUUAAUUAGGCUAUGAAAUGUCUAAUUAAUUUUGAUCAAAACUUAACCUAUCUUGAUAAAAAAAGUGGUUUGAUACAACCAUUUAAUAAUCUUACCAAUUCAAAGUAAUUCUAUUCAGCUUAUAUUAAUUAUGAUUAUUUUGAAAGCUCAAGCUAUGAUGAUAUCAUUUAUAAAAGCGUUCGUAAAAUUUAUUAUCAUAUAUAAUCGCUAAAUAAUAAUCAAUAUCCAUUUUUAAAGAAUUAUUAUUCUGUAGCUAAUUUAAUAGUUAAUUUGGAGGGUGUUCUUUAUGAUGACGAAUCAUUAUAUUAUAUUAUUAAUGUAUCCGAAGUUAGAGCAUAUUAAAGAAAUUUUGAAAAAGAAAAACACUUUUAUGAUCUACAAUCAUUUUAUGGAGUAAAACUUUAUGCUGAAAAUUGCACAAUUCAAUAAAAAAUACUUUAAAAAUUAUUUAUUAUUAACUAACCACUUCUAGUUAAUCUCACUAUAUUUAACAUUUAAGAUAUUAGCUUCGAGGAGUCCUAAGUUAUUACAAUCAAUAGUUAUUUCAAAAAUUCACAUCUAAUUCUAUAACAUUUUCUCUUCUAUAACACUACUUUUUUAAAUAGUGUCUUUAUAUAACAUUUUACUGAUAAAUACGAUAGUAUCUAUUUUUUUGACUUAACCUUCACCAAUUGUUCUUUUAAAGAAAGUAUAUGGUUUUUUCAAAAAGGAACAGUGACUAUUAAUUUAGUAUAGAUGAGCCAUAUCAAAUUCAUAAAUUGCACGUUUAGAGAUAGCCUUGCUUUUUAAAUAACUGAAAGCACUGAUUCUUUUUCUAUUACAGAUUUUUAGGUUAUAAAUUGUUCAUUUUUCAAUUCCUCUCUAUUUAAAGGAUUUUCAAAUCUGAAAAUGAAUCAAAUAUGGUUAGAUAAUUUAAGUGUAAUUCAAAGCGAUUUAUUCAUUUAUUCAUUUUCUUAAAGUAACUAAACUGUAUUCUUGACUUAAUUAAUAUGUUAAGGACUUUUAUUAAAUAAAUCAUCAAUUUUCUUUUUUGAAAACAGGCUAAAAUAUUUACAAACAGAAGUUAUCAUAAUAGAUUGGAAUUUAGAAGUUAUUAAUUUAUAAUCUACUUUAGGAUAUAUUAGUGAUAGUUUUAUUUUUAUAGUUUCUAAUGUGAAUAUUAAGAUACAAGAUCUGAUAAUAUAAAAAAGCAUUCUAUUUUCAUUGUUAAUUUUUCAAAAUUGUCAAGUUAUUAUGAUAAAAAAUAUUUAAAUUUUAUAAAGAGAAAAAAUAGAAUAAAGUUUAGAUACACUAGAUAGUUAAAUUCAAACAAAAUAUUUAAUGUAUUUUUCCGAAUUUAUUUAAAUUACUAUUGAUAAUCUGAAAGUUAUAGGUUGGGUUUAAAAAAGUGAAUCAUUUUUAAUUAUAAAAUCUGACUCCUCUGCUUCUAAAUUUAUUCAAAUAUCUGAUUUUACUAUUGAUGAUUACUCAAAUUAUAAUAUUCUCAAUUAAAUAAACUCGAUAUUAUUCAUUCAAAUAGAUGCUGUUAUAUAAAUUAAAAUCACUAAAAGCCACUUUAAAAAAUGCAAUUUUUGGUAUAGAUCUCCAAAUACUGAUAUGAUGUCAGCAACUUUAUUAAGAAUUAAAGCACCUAAAUCUUAAAUAUUACUUGAUAAUCUAAUCUUUAACAUUGCAAAUAUUUAUAAUUCUUUUGAUUCUCUAAUUUAUAUUGAUGCUAAAUAAAUUUCAAUGCUUAAUAGUGAAGUAGAACAUGUUAAUAGUCAAAUAAAUAAUGAUCAAUUAAAAUCUAUUUGUGGAUUCUCAAUUUUUCUAGCAGAAUAUAUAAAUAUCAUUAAUACAACAAUGAGUAAUAUUAAAAGUUCUUAAUAUGGUUUUAUUUAUAGUUAAUUGAAGUUCAAAGGAAAUUUUAAAGUCAUUAAUUGCAUUUUCAAUAACCAUCUAAUUUCAAACAAUAAUUCUUACUUGACAUAAUUAGGAGGAAUUUUUACAAUUGAUGGAAAAUUAUCAAUGUUAAAUCUAAAUUUUAUAAAUGUUUCAGUACUAAACAUUUAUGUUGAAGAAAAAGCUGCCUUUUUAUACUUGAUUCCAUCUUCUCUUUCUAAUUAGAUAUAUAUGUAUAAUUUGACUCUCAUAAAUGUAAUUUCAAAAGAUAAUUUAAUGGGCAAAUUAUAGUUUCCUUAUUAGAGUUAAAACAAUUAAAUUGUAAUGAAUAAAAUCAGAAUUAAUAACAGUGAGAAUAGUUCUUAAAUCUAAAGAUUGAUUGAAAAAGAAAAAAGUUUGUAGAGAGACAUUAAUUAUGAAGGAGUUUUAUCAACUGCUUACAGGUAAAUUAUAUUAUUAAAAUAGUUCUGUCUUGAUUAAUGAUUUUAUUUAUGAAGGUUAUUUAACUCAACCUAUUUGUAAAUUAGAUGUAACAAGUAGACUAAGAAUUAGUAAUUUCAAAUUUGUAUUCCUUUCUAUUUUAAAUAAAAUACCAUAUUUUAUAGAUAUUAAUAUAUAGGGUGGAGAUUUAGUAUCUGUUGAAAAUAUGUAUUUUGAGAAAAUAAAUUUUGAAAAAUAAUUAGAAUAUUUUUUUAAAUUUAAUUGCUUUUUACUUAAAAAUGGUUUUAUAUCAAAUUAAAUUAAGUUUAAAGAAAUGGUAUGUCCUUAAUGUUAAAAUGGUUUAAUAACAAUAGUUAAUAAUUAAAAUCAAUUUGAAAUGAAGGUGACUGAGUACAUAUUUAUUGAUAACAAUUGUGGUAUAAAUAGCUGUUUAAUUCUAUAAAAUAUUUAAUUGGAAAUUAAAGAUUCUUAUUUUAUUAAUAAUUUUGCUCAAAAAAAUGGAAUUAUAUCUGGAAUAAGGAGUGAUCUAUAUUUAUAAAAUAGUAUAAUAAAAUAGAACAAAAUAAUUGGUUUAGCAGGGGCAAUAUUUUUAAAUUCAUCUAUAUUAGAUGCUUAGAAUUUAAUUAUAGUCAAUAAUUCUGCUAAUAUUGGAGGGGCAAUUUAUUGUGAAAAUUCUAUUUUGAAACUAAAGAUGUCAAAAAAGAGAAACAUAAUGUUAAUUGAAAAUUUUGCAUCAACUGGUUUAAACAAUAUUCGAGAAAAGGCUGUUUUUUUAAAAUUGAAUAUGUUUGGUUUACCUCUUUAAAAUACACGAUAAAUUUAAGAGGAUUAAAUAUUAGAUAGUCCAUCGUAUAUAAUCAACCAAAAAUAAAUGAGUAAAAAUGACACAUUCAUCAAUGUAGCAAGUGGUUAACAGUUAAAGGAAUUUAAAGAGUUUGACAAAGUUUAAAUGAAAUACAAUAAUUAUACUAUCUCAGUAGAAAUAGAAAAAUAUAAUUAAUUAGGAGAGAAGAUUAUUGAUAAUUAGGGAGAAAAGUGUUAGUUGACUUAAUAUUAAGUAAAUUCUGAGCUAAAUUAAACUAACUAUGAAAUUAUUUAAUCAUCUAAAAUUGAGAAUAUCACUUAUUUAUAUUUUGAUGAAAUGUAUGAAUCAUUUAAAUUGGAUAAUAUUAGUUUUAUUUUGGAACCUUACACAAAUUAAUCAAUAUUUUUGUUGAUUUUAAUAAAGUGUGAAGGAAUGUCACAAAAUUAUAAUUUUAUAUUUAAAAUAAAAACAUUACAAUGUUAAAUAGGAGAAUACUAUAACUAAAAACAAUGUUUAAGAUGUGAUGCUGAUAAGGGGUAUUAUUCACUUAAAAAGGAUUCGAUUGAAUGUUAAAGAUUAGAUCCAACAAAGAUGAAAGCUGUAACAUCAUAUUAAAUCGAAAUUCUGUAGGGAUUUUGGAGAUAUUCAUAUUAUUCAGAUAAUAUUGAAUAGUGUGAGAAUUUUGAUAAUUGUUUAGGAGGAUGGAAUGUUAACUAUGAAUCUUGCGCUGUAGGAUCUAUAGGUGCUAUUUGCAAUGAAUGUGAUAUUUAUAAUAUUAGAGGUUAAUCUUCUUAUAUCAAAACUUUAUCAGGUUUAUGUGAAAAGAAAGAAUAACAACAAGACAUUUUUAUAAUCACAAUUAUUUUAAUGAUAUUGUAAUUUUGUAAUUAAUAUUAGUACAUUUGUUGUUACAUAUGUUAUAUCUUUUCUGAAAACAGAUAUGUACAUUCAGUAUAAAAAAAUGAAAUACAAAACAAUUCAUCAUAGAAUAUUAUAUAGAUGUGAAAUAGGUAUAAAUUUAAUGAUUUUAAAGAUCAAUUGAAUACAAAUUUAAAAUUGUUAAUAAAUUUCAUGUAAAUUCUAUAUCCAAUAUUGCCACCAUUAAAAUUUAGUGAUAAUUUUUCUGCAAUUGCUUGGACAAUAGGGAAGUCUUCAAAAACAUUAUUGUUUUUAAUUAAUUUUUUGGCUGAUAAUUUUGAGAUUGAAAUUCUUUAUUUGAAGAUGAUUUGGGCAGUGAUUAUUCCAAUAAUUUAAAUUAGUACUUUGUUAUUUGCUUAUAUUUCAAUAAAUAGGAUUAUCAAAAAUUCUGAUAUUUAAGUAAUAUUUAUUUAAGCUUCUUGCAUUUUUUUGAUGUGUUAUUCUAUGCCAAAUAUCAUGGAAGAGUAAUUUAAUCAUUUUUUAUUUUUUUUAGAUUGAUAGUAGUUAUUUCAAGAAGAACUAUUGUAAAUAUUGAUUGGAUUGGGGCUAAUCUAUCAUAUAUAUAUUAUACAGAUGAGCAUCAAACUUGGAUUUGGUAAUUUGUAAUUCCAUCUAUAUGUUUAAUAUAUUUGGUUAUUCCUUUGAUAAUUUUUGGUGUAAUUUAUAAAAUGCAUCAAAAAUCUAAUUUUGAUUUAGCUUAUGGCAUUUAUGGAUAUCUGUGUAGUGAUUUUAAAUCAGAAUUCUAUUUUUGGGAAUUGGUUAAUUUGCAAAUGAAAUUAACUUUGAUUUUUAUUCUAUUUUUUUUUGAUAAUGAUUAAAUUAUCUUGAAAAAUCUAAUUGUAAUUGUUAUAUUGUUUGGAUAUUAUGGUUCAAUAGCUAAUUUGAAGCCAUAUUUAAAAACAAAUUUAAAUCACUUAGAAAAAUCUGGAAUUAUCUUAUGCUGUGUAUUAAUCUCAUUAAACGUUUUAAAAGUUGCAUCGAAUAAAUAUUUUUAUACUGAAGUAUUAUAUUUGACUGAAAUUUUAAUGUUUUUGAUAGUUUUAUUAAUACUUUUUUACACACUAUUUAAAAUAUUUGGUGCAUUUAUUCAUCAAAAUUACAAGUUUUUUGAUCGAAUAAGAAAGAAAAUUAAUUCUAGAUUUCCAAACUUAAUUAAUUAUGGAAAAUUUUUUGAACUAAACUUAAAAAUUAGAUCAGAAAUCAGAAAAAACACUUUCUAUAGAUUUCAGAGAAUCAAACUAUCUUUAAAACGAUUGAAAUAAAAUAACAAUAGAAGUGCAAGAGUCAUUAUAAAUCAUCAUCAUGAAGAUUUAGUGACAAAUAUCUUACGUUCUGAUCAAAAGUCUUUAAUACAACAAUAUUCUAUACAAAACUCAAUGAUGAAUUGA